AUGGCGGUGACGGUGGUCUCCGUCUUCAAUAGCCGUACGUAUCCGUAUCGCUACCCUCCGGAUUCGAGAUCCUGGUUCUGGGAUCUGGAAUACCCGGAGAGCUUUUCAAGUCAGUAUAAUAUCAACGGUCGCAGAGGCAUCACUUCGAUGGCCAAUAUACAGCGGUUCGUGAUAAUAGCAAGUUUGUUGCUUCUGUGCAACUCUGCAAAUGCAUGUGGAAACUUUAAUUCCGAAAUCGAAAAAUAUGAUUAUUUUGAAAGAUCUCAAAUAACUAAUAUUAUAAAACUCUUAAAUGACAAAACGCCUCCAGGAACGACGUCAGAUUAUUUGAAGCACUUAUUACUUAGCUUAUAUCAGGAAUACCUUGCGGUCGAGUCGCAAUUCAAUGUACAGAGAAGAAUAACAGGCUUGUACAAAAUCAAAAAUCAAAAAUUAACAGAAAAAAAUGAACUUUCUAGAAAAUUAGCAGAGUCGUGCAAAGCAUAUAUUUUAGAUACAGGUGAACCCAUCCGAGAGUCUCCCAAUCACAAACUAAAGGUAAUAGAGACUGAUCCUAAUAGGCCCAUCGAACCGGAGUCUACUUACCAUGAAGAGGUUGGAUGUGCAAAGGCUAAGCAUUUUAGUGGAAUUAAAUCAUUCGAAAUGGGUGAACUUGGCAAGGUAGAAGUGGCAUGUGACUCCGGCUCGACAGUGAUUCAGAGAAGAAUUAACGGCUCGGUCGAUUUCAACGGCAAUUGGACAGAGUACCAGAAGGGAUUUGGAGAUUUGAGAGGCGAAUUCUUCAUCGGCCUAGAGAAACUUCACCAUCUAACCGCCUCAAACCAUUAUGAGUUAGAAAUUGAACUGGAGGAUUACGCCGGAGAGAAGAGACUCGCUAUUUACGACCACUUUGUGGUGGGCCCCAAGGAAUCCUUCUACGAUCUCGAAAAUCUGGGAAUGUACUCUGGUGAUGCAGGGGAUGCCCUGACCAACAACCUUUAUGCUUCAUUUUUCACUUUCGAUCGGGAUAACGCCGAAAAGUGUGCCGAGCAACAGCUUGCAGGCUGGUGGUACAGCACACUAUGCGGAUCUUGCAAUCUGAAUGGCAUCUAUAACUAUACGGAAGACAUCGACGGAAUAACUUGGGGCGACGAAUGGCACGACUUUCCGUACUCCUACAAAUCCGUUGUUAUGAGAAUACGCCCGAAAAAUUUAUAAGAAUAGUAUACAUAUGAGUCGUUGAUUGUUGAUGCUGUGCUCUUCACAUAGAAAUCGCUAAAAAAUAUUAGAUUCUAAAACGUUUUGUUUACUUUUCGAUU